CGCGCGUCCGUCCCUGUGCACCGGGGCAGGAGCGGCUGUGCGCGGGGUUCCGAGAGCGGGCGGGUGAGCGCAAGCCCCCGGCUUCGCUAUGGGGCACAACAGCAGCUGGGUGUCUCCGAACACCAGCCACCCGCGCAACACGUCGGGGGCCGAGGCUGGCGCCAACCGCAGCGCGCUCGGGGAGCUGAGCGAGGCGCAGCUGUACCGCCAGUUCACAACCACCGUGCAGGUCGUCAUCUUCAUCGGCUCGCUGCUCGGAAACUUCAUGGUGUUAUGGUCAACUUGCCGCACAACCGUGUUCAAAUCUGUCACCAACAGGUUCAUUAAAAACCUGGCCUGCUCCGGGAUUUGUGCCAGCCUGGUGUGCGUGCCCUUUGAUAUCAUCCUCAGCACCAGCCCUCACUGCUGCUGGUGGAUCUACACUAUGUUCUUCUGCAAGGUUGUCAAAUUCUUACACAAAGUCUUCUGCUCUGUGACUAUCCUCAGUUUCCCUGCCAUUGCCCUGGACAGGUACUAUUCAGUCCUCUAUCCUCUGGAGAGAAAAAUAUCUGAUGCCAAGUCUCGGGAACUGGUGAUGUACAUCUGGGCUCAUGCAGUGGUGGCCAGUGUCCCUGUGUUUGCUGUGACCAAUGUAGCCGACAUCUAUGCUAUGUCCACCUGCACAGAAGUCUGGAGCAACUCCCUAGGCCACCUGGUGUAUGUUCUGAUCUACAAUGUCACCACGGUCAUUGUGCCUGUGGCUGUGGUAUUUCUUUUCCUAAUCCUUAUCCGGAGGGCUCUGAGUGCCAGUCAGAAGAAGAAAGUCAUCAUUGCCGCACUGAGGACCCCACAGAACACCAUCUCCAUCCCCUAUGCCUCCCAGCGCGAGGCUGAGCUACAUGCCACCCUGCUCUCCAUGGUGACAGUUUUCAUCCUCUGCAGUGUACCCUACGUCACCCUGGUUGUCUACCAGACUGUGCUCAAUGUACCUAACACUUCUGUCUUCUUGCUUCUCACUGCCAUUUGGCUGCCCAAAGUCUCUCUGUUGGCCAACCCUGUGCUCUUCCUAACUGUGAACAAAUCAGUACGCAAGUGCUUGGUUGGGACCCUGGUGCAGCUGCACCACCGGUACAGCCGCCGCAAUGUGGUUAGUACUGGGAGUGAGGUGGCCGAGGCCAGCCUGGAGCCCAGCAUGCGCUCUGGUAGCCAACUCUUAGAGAUGUUCCACAUUGGGCAGCAGCAGAUCUUUAAGCCCUCAGAGGAUGAGGAAGAGAGUGAGGCCAAGUAUCUCGGCUCAGCUGAUUUCCAGGCCAAGGAGGAACUUACCUCCUGCCCAGAGGGAGAGCAAGAGCCACAGCUGGCCCCCUCUGUUCCACCUCCGGGCACAGUGGACUCAGUAUCUCAGGAGGCCCCAGUAGCCCCUGUGGAACACGGGCUAUUCCCUGAUAAAUAUUCUUUGCAGUUUGGCUUUGGGCCUUUCGAGUUACCCCCUCAGUGGCUGUCUGAGACCCGAAAUAGCAAGAAGAGGCUGCUUCCCCCACUGGGCAAUACCCCAGAAGAGCUGAUCCAGACAAAGGUGCCCAAAGUAGGCAGGGUGGAACGGAAGAUGAGCAGGAACAAUAAAGUGAGCAUUUUUCCAAAGGUAGACUCCUAGCAAGGAUUCUAAGUGCCUGGAAGCAACAGGGAGCUGUGUAUUCCUGCCCUCCCUUCACUCCGGCUGCAAGCCACCCGUGGGUGACACCUCCUAUAUGGGGCAAAGGGGAAGUUUACAUAAAAUCCAAUGUCCUCUUUAUUGAGGGAGUAUAUAUCCAUCUAUGUUAGUGAUCUGUGUCCUUAAUCGACCCCACCUUAAGCUGGGCAGUAUGGAACAGGUCUGAAGGUCCUUCAUGCAUAUUUUCUGGGGAACUCCUCCUUUCCCU